AUGGACCCCAGGUACCAUCGCACGCCUUCACCAGGCCAGCCGCUUCAACAUGGCUACCAGUUGGAGGACAACCCCUUCAACAACGCCGCCUACCAGCAGCCCGUGCCCCAGCACGUUGACGACCCUUACGGCCGUCCAAGCCCUCACCAGCAGCUCGAUGUUCCUAUGGGACCGGCUCGGUAUGCUAACCGCUCUCGCAACCAGCACUCUGUCAGCAACUUGAGUGGAUACGAGACGCCAGUCAACCACGGUGAAUAUGGGGUUAACCCGGAAGCGCAUCACGACGCCUACUACAAUCAGCCUUACGAGCCUUCACCCCGCGAUCCGUCGAUGCCUUAUGACCAGCCCACUGGUUACAACGAGUACGACGACAACAGGCCAAUGCUGCCUCACCAAGACAGCACGGCCACCGACGGAUACCAGGACAACCCGACACCGCAGCCGGCCGGCGGAAUCAAGAGGUGGAAGACUGUCAAGCAGGUGUUACUGUACCGCGGAAACUUGGUUCUCGACUGCCCCGUGCCCCCCAGACUCCUCAACCAGAUUCCCCACGGCGAGCGCGAUGAGUUCACCCACAUGCGCUACUCUGCGGCCACGUGCGACCCAAACUACUUCUACGAUGACAACUUUACGCUGCGACAGAGGCUCUUCUCCAAGCCCAGGCACACGGAGCUUUUCAUCGUUGUCACCAUGUACAACGAGGACGAAAUCCUGUUCGCACGAACAAUGAUCGGUGUCCUCAAGAACGUCGAGUACAUGUGCAACCGAAAAGAGAGCAAGACAUGGGGCAAGGACGCAUGGAAGAAGAUUGUCGUCUGUGUCGUCAGUGACGGUCGUGCCAAGAUCAACCCGAGAACCAGGGCUCUGCUGGCCGGUAUGGGUGUGUACCAGGAGGGCAUUGCAAAGCAGCAAGUCAACGGCAAAGAUGUCACAGCCCACAUUUACGAAUACACGUCCCAAGUCGGAAUGACGAUCAAGAACGACGUUGUCACGUUGGUCCCUAAGCAGCAGCCCGUCCAGAUGUUGUUCUGCUUGAAGGAAAAGAACCAGAAAAAGAUCAACUCCCACAGAUGGUUCUUCCAGGCAUUCGGCCGUGUCCUCGACCCCAACAUCUGUGUCCUCAUCGAUGCUGGUACCAAGCCCGGUGGCAACUCAAUUUACCACCUCUGGAAGGCAUUCGACCUUGAGCCCAUGUGUGCCGGCGCUUGCGGUGAGAUCAAGGCCAUGUUGGGAACGGGUGGAAAGCACCUUCUUAACCCCCUGGUUGCGACGCAGAACUUCGAGUACAAGAUGAGCAACAUCCUUGACAAGCCCCUGGAAUCCGCCUUUGGCUUCAUCUCCGUGUUGCCUGGUGCCUUCUCCGCCUACCGCUAUGUUGCCCUGCAGAACGACAAGAACGGACAAGGUCCACUGGAGAAGUACUUUGCCGGCGAGAAGCUCGAGGGUGCUGGCGCUGGUAUCUUCACAUCGAACAUGUAUCUCGCCGAGGAUCGUAUCCUCUGCUUCGAGCUUGUCACUAAGCGCAACUGCCAUUGGAUCCUUCAGUACGUCAAGUCCGCUACUGGCGAGACUGACGUGCCGGACACAGUCACGGAAUUGGUCCUUCAACGUCGUCGUUGGUUGAACGGUUCCUUCUUCGCUGGGAUCUACGCUAUUGCCCACUUCUACGAGUUCUUCCGGUCCGAUCACUCGAUGCUUCGGAAGCUUAUGUUCUUCAUCGAGUUCGUCUUCAACACGAUCAACCUCAUCUUCGCCUGGUUCGCUAUCGGUAACUUCUUCCUGGUUUUCAAGAUCCUGACAACAAGUCUGGGUGAGGACAACUUGCUCGGUAGAACCGGCGAGAUCCUUGGUGUCGUCUUCACUUGGGUCUACGGCAUAGCUCUGAUAACGUGCUUCGUCCUUUCCAUGGGCAAUCGUCCAGCUGGUUCGGGGCCUUACUACAUCACGAUGGUUUACUUCUGGGCCUUUAUAAUGAUCUACCUGUUGUUUGCUGCCGUGUUUAUUGCCGUCAAGGCUAUCAUCGCUGAUGUCAAUGACGCCAAUGGCUUCAACGUGACCGACCUCUUCAAAAAUCCCGUCUUCUACACCCUCAUCAUCUCCGUCAUGUCGACCUAUGGUAUUUGGCUCCUUGCCUCGCUGCUGAUGUUUGACCCUUGGCACAUGAUUACCUCCUUCGGGCAGUACAUGCUUCUGACGCCCACUUACACCAACAUUCUCAACGUCUACGCGUUCUGCAACACGCACGACAUUUCUUGGGGUACAAAGGGUGACGACAAGGCCGAGAAGCUACCUACUGUCAGUACCAAGGACGGUUCCGGAAAGACGGAUCUCCCAGACGAGGCCGAUCUCAACGCACAGUACGAACGCGAACUUGCGGUCUUCGGCACCAAGUUCGUGAAGGAGGUCAAAGCCCCGACAGAAUCGCAGUUGGCCGAGGCCCAGAUGGACUACUACCGUGGUGUUCGUUCUGUCGUCGUGUUGGCUUGGAUGAUCUCCAACUUUGGUCUCGCUGCCGUCGUCCUCAGUGCCGCUGGUCUGGAGAGGAUAAGCCCCUCUGCUAACAGCACUGACGACACCGACGGUCGUGCCAAUAUCUACAUGUCGGUGGUGCUCUGGUCUGUCGCUGGAUUGUCGUCUUUCAAGUUCAUCGGCGCAAUGUGGUUCCUGAUCGUCCGCAUGUUCAGAGGUGUUUAA